CGGAGCAGCAGCUGCAGCGGCGGCGGCCUGAGCGAUAGGAUGUCCCGACAUGAAGGUGUCAGCUGCGAUGCAUGUUUGAAAGGAAAUUUCCGUGGCCGAAGGUACAAGUGUUUAAUUUGCUACGAUUACGAUCUGUGUGCUUCUUGUUAUGAAAGUGGUGCAACAACUACAAGGCAUACAACUGACCAUCCAAUGCAGUGCAUAUUGACAAGGGUAGACUUUGAUUUAUAUUAUGGUGGGGAAGCAUUCUCUGUAGAACAGCCACAGUCUUUUACUUGCCCUUAUUGUGGUAAAAUGGGUUAUACAGAAACCUCUUUACAAGAACAUGUCACUUCAGAACACGCAGAAACGUCAACAGAAGUAAUUUGUCCAAUAUGUGCAGCAUUGCCAGGGGGAGAUCCAAAUCAUGUCACAGAUGACUUUGCUGCCCAUCUCACACUUGAACACAGAGCUCCAAGAGAUUUAGAUGAAUCCAGUGGAGUUCGACAUGUACGAAGGAUGUUUCACCCUGGCCGGGGGCUAGGUGGUCCACGAGCACGUAGAACAAACAUGCACUUUACUAGCAGCUCGACUGGAGGGCUUUCUUCCUCGCAGAGCUCAUAUUCUCCAAGCAAUAGGGAAGCCAUGGAUCCUAUAGCUGAACUUUUAUCACAGUUAUCUGGAGUAAGGCGUUCAACAGGAGGGCAGCUCAACUCUUCAGGCCCAUCUGCAUCCCAGCUGCAGCAACUACAAAUGCAGUUGCAACUAGAAAGACAACAGGCACAGGCAGCACGGCAACAACUAGAAACAGCACGCAACGCAACCAGACGCAACAAUGCAAGUAAUGUCACCACCACAAUUACACAAUCAACAGCAGCAACCAACACAUCAAGUACGGAAAACAAUCAGCAAUCUAUACAAAAUUCACAGUUUCUACUCACAAGGCUGAAUGAUCCCAAAAUGACAGAAGCAGAACGACAGUCAAUAGAAAGUGAGCGUGCGGACCGAAGCUUGUUUGUCCAGGAGCUUCUUUUGUCUACGUUGAUGCAGGAAGAAAGUUCCUCCUCUGAUGAGGAUGAAAGGGGAGAAAUAGCUGAUUUUGGGGCAAUGGGUUGUGUAGAUAUAAUGCCUUUAGAUGUUGCUUUAGAAAACCUAAAUCUUAAAGAGAGUAAUAAAGGAAACGAGCCUCCGCCACCUCCUCUUUGAUGACAUCCCCCUUUGCAGACAAUGUCCUCUGUGCUGUAACUGCCAAUGAAAGUGGACAAACAACUAUCUUUGGGUUUGUUUUGGUGAUUGUAAUUUCCGGUCUGUCACUCUUGUUACAUUGUGUACAUUCAAAAAAGGAAAAAAAAGGAAAAAAGAAAAAAAAGAGGCAAAUAUAUACGAUAAUUCACUUAACUAAUUUUUACUUCUAGCAGGUAAACAUAGGUAGCAGUACCAGAGGCAGUCCUCUGCUUCCUGUACCAUGAUGUAAAAAAAUAAAUACAUUCUCCUAAUCUCCCACAUUCAAACAGAAGAGAAAAAAAGUAUAUGGGGAAAAAAUCUCUAAUGAAGCUGCUGUGUGUAUUUAUGAAUAUUAAUGAAUAAAAACUGCUUGGAUGGUUUACCCUAACUACUGCAUGAGGUUUUUUGCAGCGUGCAUGAAUUUUUAGUGACAUUGCCAUAAAGCUAAAUUAUAAAAUGUAUAAUUACAGUUGUUCAGCCAUUAAUCCCAAAGCUUUCCUAAGCAUUAUUGAAAAGAUUACCUGGCCUGACAUGCAAUGUUAUUUAUGAUAGUUAUUGCGCAGCCAUGAAUCUUUCGAAUAAUGUCUUUAGCAAA